UGAGUGAGUGAGUGUCCUCCGGGAGCCAGAGAGUGGGAGCAUUGGGGCGCAUGAAGUAGCACAUGCAGAAGUUGCCACUGUCUCAGAAAACAGAUCUCCUCCCGACUUCAGUAGUGCUUCACAAGGCCAUCAAGAAGGGUUGUUGCUGGUUAGGAUCACCACUCAAAACAAUCGAAAACGAACUCAAAGAUAGUCUUUCCUCACGAAAGCAGCUAGCGUUCCACUUGCUAUAGAAUCGCUCAUGGACUUAGUGACCCACCAUCACCGUGAUCAUCAGCACUCCGCACCUUUGAAAUAUUCUGACCUUGGGCAAUAUGGAAGGAAGAGUCCCACGGCUCUUCUAACUCCACCACUGACCCCCGACGACCAAGAUAAGAACAGAACCUUCAUUGAAAGCCAAUUUCCAUUCCAAGCCAGGCAAUUCAUGGAUAAACCCCCAUCACCUCCCACGUCUUCAGCCUUUGUUCAUCCACGGUCAAUCCCUUCGUCAAGCUCUUCAACCUCGUCAUCAUCAUUAUCAUCAUCUUCUUCCUCAGCCGCUGCCGCCGCUGCUGCCAUGUUACAAGUCCAUUAUCCGGCCGCACUUUUGGCCGCGGCCCAUUCAAUGCCAAACGCUCACUCACAUCUGAAUCAAUUCAUCCGGGAGAAUGGCGAACGGUCAGCUUUCUCGCAAGUCGCUUCAGCCGGGAAGGGGGGCGUGUCUCCACCCCGCCGAGAGCCAUCAUCGGCACCGCGAGACUUGAGCAUGCGGAAGGGGUCAACCAAAUUCGACUUUGCUCAUUUGGCCGCCAGUGCGGGUGUGAAUGCGGCCUCCAGAGCCUCUGUGAAUAACGUGAAGGAAAGUUUCUCUUCCAACAAGAUGGUCUCAUCGCCCAUGGGGAACCCGAUGAUGCCGCGUUUUGGCGUACCUCCUUAUGCAGCAGCGGCAGCGGCAGCCGCCGCCGGACUGCCCUUCCUCAUGAGGCACUGGUUGGGUGCCGCAGCCGCCGCGGCGUCUACGGGUGUACCUGCAUCAUAUCCUAGCCCCUCUUACGACCCCCGCCUCCUUCGAGGUCCCGGUCGGUCCUCCAGACCAAAGAAACGGUUCAUUUGCAAGUACUGCAAUCGCGAGUUCACGAAAUCUUACAACCUCCUUAUCCACGAGCGCACUCACACGGACGAGAGGCCGUUUAAUUGUGAUAUUUGUGGCAAGGCCUUCCGUCGGCAAGACCAUUUGCGGGAUCAUCGCUACAUCCAUUCCAAAGAGAAACCAUUCAAAUGCGCUGAAUGUGGCAAGGGGUUCUGUCAGUCGCGGACUUUGGCGGUCCAUAAGAUCCUUCACAUGGAGGACUCGCCUCACCGUUGUCCCAUUUGCCAGAGACAUUUCAAUCAGCGGUCUAACUUGAAGACCCACCUAUUGACGCAUACCGACAUCAAACCCAGACAACUCUUAGAAAUAGCCGAGCGAUCGGACAGCAAGAAGACCUGUGCUCCAACGGGGUCCUCAAGCCGAUCUGGCACACCCGCCUUGACUUCGAAUCCUCCGAAUGGCAAGAAAGCUCGUUCAUCCUCUAGUUAUACAUCAUCCAGCCCCACCAUGACUCCACCACAAGAGAGUAAGGCUGAUGCCAAAGUCAUCGGGUUUUCUAUUGAUGAGCUUAUGAAGAAAUGAAUGAAAGCCAAUCAUCAUCUUCAUUGAUGUUGAGGCGUUGUCCGUCGGUCUCUGGUGAUCUCUUAUUUCUUGCUAUCUCAUUGAUUCGUUGAUUCAUUCUUUCUUACCUACAUAUCUACCAACUUAUACACCAACCUACCAACCUUCCUUCCUGAUCCCUCCCUCAUCCUCCUUGUCCCGUUGAAUUCCAUCGUGCCAUUCGUUUAUUCAUUAGCUAUCACCAUCACCAUCUUAUUGUUGAUUAAUGAUCUGCUUUGCAUUCCAUAUGUUACCUUAUAGAGAAAAAUAUAUAGAUCAUAACUACUCCCAACAA